CAAUGUCCAAAAUCUUUGACUUUUUGUUUAGUUUCAGACACACAUGGCGCUAGUAGUAAAUUGUAUCCACUAUUCAUAUUGACAAAUGUAAAUUGACAUUUCACAAGAAUUUCAUGAAGGGAGGUUACCUACAUCUGAUCUCGUUACCAGGCCAUAAAAUCCAAAAAAAACCUACAUCUGAUAAAAAUAUUUACAAAUAAUUUAAGGACGAGAAAUAACGAACGAAUAGUUUAGAAUUUAAAUGAAUCUAUUGAGCAACGAUAAAAUUGAAUAUUUCUUGAUAUUUUCACUGUUGCAGUUUGGUUGGAUGGAUUAAUACAUUGUUAUACCUACAUAAACAUAGCAUACAAGGUAGCUAAUAAUUGAACUAUGGAGAAUUACUUUAAGGGCAAAAAUGUAGAGGAAGAACUAGAGAGGGAUAAAAUACCAAUAAAUGGAAUCCCUGAAAAUUUCCUUUGGAUGCAAGUAAAAGGUGGAAGUAAAAUGAGCAAUUUAUUAACUCAUGCCUCAGGUAUUCUUGAAGAUAAAGCAACAUCAGUUGUUGUUUGGAGUGCAGUUGGAGUAGCAAUAGCCAAGUGUGUAUCUUGUGCAGAAAUUUUAAAGAGGCAGUUAGCUAUACCACAUCAAGUUACGAAACUUGUUUACUUAAAUGUAGAGGAGUUUUGGGAACCAAAGGUAGAAGGCUUGGAAACAAUUGUAGUAAAACGCCAGAUCCCAGCAAUUCACAUAUUGUUGUCACUGGAAGAGUUGCCUGGAAUGUGUCAAUUAUUAGGGUAUCAAAGCCUCCAAGGAACUAUGUUUUGCGAAAUGGAAAGCGAAUCAAAAGCAAAACAUACACGAAGGAGAAGAAAUCUACAACUUACAAAGCCUUGUCAAGAUAAAUUCAAUAAAAAACAAGAAAACGCCAAAAAGAGGACUUAUCACCAAAUUCAAUAAAUAAAAUAAUGAGGCAGGUUUAUAAACUUGUUUAAAUAAA